AUGGCGUACCGGGCGGACGACGACUACGACUACCUCUUCAAGGUGGUGCUCAUCGGCGACUCGGGCGUCGGGAAAUCCAACCUCCUCACCCGGUUCACGCGCAACGAGUUCAGCCUGGAGUCAAAGUCCACAAUCGGGGUCGAGUUCGCCACCAGGAGCAUUAGGGUCGACGAUAAGGUCGUCAAGGCGCAGAUCUGGGAUACGGCUGGCCAAGAGAGGCUACUGCUUGCCCGCAACAGGGCGGUGGAUGGCCCAUGGAGGAUAUAUGGCAUAGGCAAGAUCUACGGAUAUCGUGCAAUUACAAGCGCAUAUUACAGAGGAGCUGUCGGUGCGCUUGUUGUGUAUGAUGUGACACGCCAUGUGACCUUCGAGAAUGUGGAGAGGUGGCUGAAGGAGCUCAAGGACCAUACCGAUGCUAACAUUGUGAUCAUGCUAGUCGGCAACAAGGCUGACCUGCGCCACUUGCGGGCUGUCUCUGUGGAGGAUGCCAAGGCAUUUGCGGAGAGGGAAUACACCUUUUUCAUGGAAACCUCUGCCCUGGAGUCCAUGAAUGUAGAGGACGCUUUCACUGAGGUGUUAACCCAGAUCUACCGAGUGGUCAGCAAGAAAGCUCUUGACAUCGGCGACGACCCUGCCGCUCCACCACGAGGGCAGACCAUCAACGUAGGGUCCAAAGACGAUGUCUCUGCCGUAAAGAAGGCUGGAUGCUGCUCAUCCUAA